AUGGCAGCAGAUCGGUCCGAGCCGCACCAUCCCCAGCUGGCCUCGGGUGGUUUCCGCCCGGCCGAUGCCUUGGAGUACAAUCAGCAGAGUAGUGCUGGGCCUGGCCCUUAUUCUCUGGCAUCUCAUUCAGCGCCGCAGAUGCCUGCCCUCCCUUCGUUCCAUGACGACCGAAGCUAUAGAGGCUCUCAUGGGAACUACUUUGAGCUGCCUUUCCGUGCCAGAGAAGCGACCCAGGUGAGCCACCAAGGCCGUGCAAUCUCGAGCUGGCCCAGCCAAGCCGGUCUCAGCCGAAUUGGCAAUGCUCCAAUGCCACCCAGUCGCGAUCCGUCUUCAGUUGGAUCUAGCACCGUCCCUGCCAAUUCCGACGCAACUGGAUCAAGCGGCGGCGGCGACAACGGCGAGAACCAGGAGGAUCUGUCCUCUUGGACUCUUGUCUAG